CAACUUCUUGGGCGCCAAAGGAAGACCAUGCCACUGCUUCGUGAACGGAUUGCAGACGAGGCAUCGGAGCGAGGAAGCUGAGGACGACGGAUUUGAGAUCGCCCGGAGUCAUGAUCUGGCGGUGAGAAACGAAACGGCGGUUGAAGGAGGCAUCGGAGAUGACGGACCUCCACAGCUGGCAGACGAUUUUGCAGCGGCAGGCGGAUCUAGGGUCCGGGAGGCGAAUCAGAAUCUCUACGAGGAGAUCGGGCCCGAGCUUCCGGAUCAGAGGAUUUGGGUCUGAACCGAUUCGUUCUCGUUUUCGGGAAUCGCCACCAAGGAGUUGUUCGCUCAGCGGUGGAUCCCGAUCCAAGGCGCUGCAUCUCUCGGUUGACAUGGCGCAGAGAGACGGAUUGAAGGCGGAGUUUGGGAUUGCA